AGACCAGGUCUUCAGUUCGGAGCGGCUCAGUCGUACCUGAGUCUGGAGAAACUUGGCGAGGGAGCGUACGCCUCAGUUUACAAAGGCAUCAGCAGGAUUAACGGCCAGCUGGUGGCGCUGAAGGUCAUUCGUAUGAAGACAGAGGAGGGCGUCCCAUUUACUGCCAUCAGAGAAGCGUCUCUUCUCAAAGGUCUGAAACAUGCUAACAUCGUCCUCCUUCAUGACAUCAUCCACACCAGAGAGUCGCUGACGUUUGUCUUUGAAUACGUGCAGACGGACCUGGCUCAGUACAUGAACCAACAUCCUGGAGGUCUUCACUCUCAUAACGUUCGAAUCUUCAUGUUCCAGCUGCUUCGAGGUCUCUGUUACAUCCACAGUCGCAGGAUCCUCCACAGAGACCUGAAGCCUCAGAACCUGCUCAUCAGUUACCUGGGAGAACUCAAACUGGCCGACUUCGGUCUGGCUCGGUGUAAGUCCAUCCCCAGUCACACGUUCUCGUCUGAGGUGGUGACUCUGUGGUACCGCCCCCCCGAUGUGCUGCUGGGAUCCACCGAUUACUCCACAGCACUCGACAUGUGGGGGGCCGGGUGUAUCUUCAUCGAGAUGCUGCAGGGGGCGCCGGCGUUCCCAGGGGUCACUGAUGUGUUCGAACAGCUGCAGAGGAUCUGGACGGUGCUCGGUGUACCCUCUGAGGACUCGUGGCCUGGAGUCAGUCUGCUACCUAAUUAUAAACCAGAGUGGAUUCAUCUGUCGGACCCCAAACAGUUCAGGACUGUUUGGAAAAGGCUGAACCAGUUGCCCUAUAAGACCGAGGACUUGGUCCAGAGGAUGUUGAAGAGGGUCCCUACAGAUCGGAUCUCUGCCCAGGAGUCUCUGCAGCACACGUACUUCAGCACGCUACCUCCUCCCAUCAUGCACCUCAGAGACAGUAAGGACAUGCUAUCAUGACAACAUGCUAACAAAACACUACCUCCUCCCAUCAUGCACCUCAGACAGUAAGGACAUGCUAACAUGACA